UUUAAUGCAUUUUCCGGGUUUCUAACAAAUAAUUCAAUCGAGUAGAGAACGCGUGACGCCUGGCGAAUGGAGAGAGUCAGUGCAGAGAGAGAGAGAGAGAGAGAGAGAGAGAGAGAGGCAUCUACUCCUCCAAAAACAGAAAAUGCGCAAGAGCGGCUCCUCCUGAAACGUGCUCGUAUCCUGCUAUGCCCCAAAUAGAGCUCGUUUAAGGCGCAAGGCAAGACAAGCUGCCGCAGCUGCGCUCUAGGCUUCGCUGAGUGUGUUGUAUAGGUCCCUGCGCCGCCCGCGAGGACACGCGGAGCCCCCGCUAGCAGCCGCCGUGUUCGCGUUGACCAGCACGAGCUCACCGCGCCGGAGGCGAUGGGAUCUGACCGGCAUACUGAUACGGCUCGCGACCUCAGGACCGAGCAGCGCGUCUAAAUCGCCAGCACCACUCUAGCUCUCUCUCACUAUCACGCUUUCUCCUUCUCGUCCUCCUCACGCUCUUUGUUCAUCUCUCCUCCGCCUCUAUCCUCCCACCUACUCCGCAUUUGAAAAGGGUGAAAAUAAACCAGAUUUUUUCCGCGUUUUUGCGUGAAUAGCGUUUUGAUGUUGGUGACAGAGCCGCGCAUGCGUGGCUGUGUUGUCGGAAUUGCGGGUCUGCUUCAGAAUAAGUUUAUUUCUCUAAUCUUCAUCUCUGUGCUCGGAGUGAGUGAUGUGGACGACUCGAGACCGUUGGCGCACGGGGAUUCUCUCUCUCCCGGUGCUAGUCACCAUGGUUCUGGGCGCGCAGAGCCCGAGCGAACCUAGCAACAUGUCAUACGUCAAAGUCACCGUGGAUAAACUGCUGAAAGGCUACGACAUACGACUGAGGCCAGACUUUGGAGGUCCCCCUGUUGACGUCGUCAUGAGCAUUGACAUCUCCAGCAUUGAUAUGGUAUCAGAAGUGAACAUGGACUAUACCAUCACCAUGUACUUCCAGCAGUCGUGGCGGGACAAGCGUUUGUCCUACACAGGGAUUCCUCUCAAUCUGACACUUGACAACCGCGUCGCUGACCAGCUCUGGGUGCCUGACACCUACUUCAUAAACGACAAGAAAUCCUUUGUUCACGGAGUCACUGUCAAGAACCGCAUGAUACGACUGCACCCAGAUGGAACUGUUCUCUAUGGACUCAGGAUCACGACCACUGCCGCCUGUAUGAUGGACCUGCGCAGAUAUCCCCUAGAUGAACAGAACUGCACCUUGGAGAUCGAGAGCUACGGCUACACCACGGACGACAUCGAGUUCUACUGGCAGGGCGGUCAGUCGGUGAGGGGCGUGGAGGGCAUAGAGCUGCCUCAGUUCUCCAUCAUUGACUACCAAACCCUGUCCAAGAAAGCUGUAUUUGCCACAGGUUCGUACCCCCGUUUGUCUUUGAGUUUUAAGCUGAAGAGGAACAUCGGCUACUUCAUCCUGCAGACCUACAUGCCCUCCACCCUGAUCACCAUCCUAUCCUGGGUCUCCUUCUGGAUCAACUACGACGCCUCCGCUGCUCGGGUGGCUUUAGGGAUCACUACUGUGCUGACCAUGACCACCAUCAACACGCACUUGCGCGAGACGCUGCCCAAGAUCCCCUAUGUGAAGGCCAUCGACAUCUACCUGAUGGGCUGCUUCGUGUUUGUGUUCCUGGCCCUGCUGGAGUACGCGUUUGUCAACUAUAUCUUCUUCGGCCGUGGGCCCCACCUGCAGAAAAGGAAGGCCGAGAACGCUGCCAAGAGCACCAACGAGAAGCAGCAGCGCAUGGAUGCCAACAAGGUCCAGGUGGACGCUCACGGGAACAUCCACCUGGCCAACAUGGACCUGCGGAAUGAGAUGACCGGCGUGGAGAUGCUGGGUGGCCUGGGUGGCACCAACACCAUGUUCUCCUACGACAGCGCCAGCAUCCAGUACCGCAAGCCGCUGACGGGUCGCGACCUGUACGGCCGGCCCACACCCUCGCUGGAGCGGCCCAUCGGGCCCAAGAAGAGCCGCCUGCGCCGCCGGGCCUCGCAGCUGAAGGUCAAGAUCCCCGACCUGACGGACGUCAACGCCAUCGACAAGUGGUCGCGUGUCAUCUUCCCCAUCACCUUUACCUUCUUCAACCUGGUCUACUGGCUCUACUAUGUGCACUAGACGCUCCCGACCCCCCCACCCCUGCUCUUGUUGGCCGCUCUGGGCUCUGCUCGCCAUGUCUGUCUGGCAAAGGAGUCGCUGCGUGUCGGCCAUCAUUUAAUUGUGACUUACUUGGAGGUGGAAGGAACAAGUCCCAAAACAGGAAAAAGGUUCUUUUCAGUGUACAUACAUUUGAAUAUAUAAAAAUAUAAAGACCUAUAUAAAUAUAUAUAUAUAUAUGACAAAAAGAAAAUUAUAAUUUAAAAGAGGAGAACAAAUGUUUAAAAAGAAAUGUAAUUUAUUAAUAAUUUCUCUUUAUCUUGGCUUUUACUCUGUUCAUUCAUAGAGAUAGUCUAGUUAACAUUAGUCCAGAGAAUUAAGACACAAACUCGACUCAGCACCUGCAUUUGUGCCAAACACGGAUCGCAGAGACUGAUCUUCAUCACGCAAUGGCUUUUUCCCCCCCUGCAGGGAGACUCAUGCUCAUCCACACACACACACACACACACACACACACACACACAAACACAAACAUACACACACACAUACACACACACACACACACAAGCAGACCCUCAUACAUACACACAUGCACUUGCACUCAUAUACACACAUAUGAGGAGACACACAUACACACACAAACAAACAAAUACACACACACAUUUUGCAUGCCACCAACUAACCCAGACUUUAAAAAAAGGAAAAAAAAAAAGCCCUGAGCAAAAUCCGAGAAAAAAAAAGGAAUGUUUUUUUGUGUUGCUGCAUCCCGUGAAAUUCGCCAGCCAUCUACAGGGUCAGACAUGAGCUAGUGUCUGUUUAAAACCACAUCCUGCUUCUGAGUUUGUCCUUUUAGAAACGCAAUUUUUAAAAACAAUAUUUCUUCGACAGCUUUUCUGUUUUGGUUUGGUUGCAGCUCUGCACAACUAAGUUAGUCUUCACCGAAUCCUCAUCUCCCGUUUGAGACUAUGUUAGGCUUGUUGAAGAGAGGGGAUGAAAGGGUCUUUUGAGGGUCACUCCACAUGCGCAUUCACGACCCUCUUUUGUGUUGAGCGCAUAGUGCAUGUGUGUGUAUGUGUGUGUACAGACAUGCUAUUUUUGCACUAAGAAUUCAGCUGCCAGCUUUUCUCUCUCAGCCAAAGUGAGUGUAGAUUCAUAUCACACACACACUUGUGCUUCUCCAAAAAAGACAAAUCAGAGACACACAGGAGGGUAUGAAAUUAGGAUCUGUAAUUGCUCUCCAGAAUCAGAUUUCAGAAACAGACAAAAAAAAAAAUCUAAGUAAUUCUCACAGUGUCUGUGAGUAUGUAAAAUGUAAUUUUCUUUAAAAGAAAACAGGUAACAAAUGACCGAUGAUGUCACCGUGCUUUCUUAGAACCACUCGUACACACACACAUACACACAGACACACUCACACACACUUUCUUUCUUUCUCUCUCUCUCCCCUUGCUCUCUCUAUCUCUCUCUCCAUCGCUCUCUCUAUCUUCCCUCUUA